AUGGGUUUGAUCAGUAACAGUAGUGUCGGUUUACAAGACUUGGCCUCCAAACACAGUCCGGCCGAUCUACCUCGUCAGCGGUGGGCCUCUGACCAAAGUCCGGCCAAUCUACCUCGUCAGCGGUGGGCCUCUGCCCAAAGUUUGGCCAAUCUACCUCGUCAGCGGUGGGCCUCCAAACACAGUCCGGCCGAUCUACCUCGUCAGCGGUGGGCCUCUGACCAAAGUCCGGCCAAUCUACCUUGUCAGCGGUGGGCCUCUGACCAAAGUCCGGCCAAUCUACCUCGUCAGCGGUGGGCCUCCAAACACAGUCCGGCCGAGCUACCUCGUCAGCGGUGGGCCUCCGACCUCAGUCCGGACGCUCCACCCGGUCAGCGGUGUGCCUCCGACCACAGUCCGGCCGAUCUAGCUAGUCAGCUGUGGGCCUCCGAACACAGUCCGGCCGCUUUGCCUGAUCAGCUGUGGGCCUCCGAACACAGUCCGGCCUCUAUUACUGGUCAGCGUCGGACCUCCGACCACAGUUCGGCUGCUCUACCUGGUCAGCGUCGGGCCUCUGACCACAGUCCGGCCGCUCUACCUAGUCAGCUGUUGGCCUCCGAACACAGUCGGGCCGCUCUACCUGGUCAGCGGUGGGUCUCCGACCAUAUUCCGGCCGCUCUACCUGGUCAGCGGUGGACAUCAGACCACAGUGCGGCCGCUCUACUUGGACAGCGGUGGGCCUCCGUCUUCAGUCUGUCCGCACUACCUGGUCAGCGGUGGACCUCAGACCACAGUGCGGCCGCUCUACUUGGACAGCGGUGGGCCUCCGUCUUCAGUCUGUCCGCACUACCUGGUCAGCGGUGGACCUCAGACCACAGUGCGGCCGCUCUACUUGGACAGCGGUGGGUCUCCGACUUCAGUCUGUCCGCUCUACCUGGUCAGCGAGCUCAUAAGUUUUCCACUAACCCGAGUACAGUUCACAAGUCUUCCACUAACCCGAGUACAGCUAACAAGACUUUCACUAACCCUAGUACAGCUAACAAGACUUUCACUAACCCGAGUACAGCUCACAAGUCUUCCACUAACCCUAGUACAGCUCACAAGUCUUCCACUAACCCGAGUACAGUUCACAAGUCUUCCACUAACCCGAGUUCAGCUAACAAGACUUUCACUAACCCAAGAACAGCUAACAAGACUCUCACUAACACUAGUACAGCUCAGAAGUCUUCCACUAACCCUAGUACAGCUCACAAGUCUUCCACUCACACUAGUACAGCUUACAAGUCUUCCACUAAGCCUAGUACAGCUAACAAGUCUUCGAUUAACCCUAGUACAGUUCACAAGACUUUCCCUAACCCUAGUACAGCUAACAAGACUUUCACUAACCCAAGUACAGCUCACAAGUCUUCCACUAACCUUAGUACAGCUCACAAGUCUUCCACUAACCCGAGUACAGUUCACAAGUCUUCCACUAACCCGAGUACAGCUAACAAGACUUUCACUAACCCAAGAACAGCUAACAAGACUCUCACUAACACUAGUACAGCUCACAAGUCUUCCACUAACCCUAGUACAGCUCACAAGUCUUCCACUCACACUAGUACAGCUAACAAGUCUUCCACUAAGCCUAGUACAGCUAACAAGUCUUCGAUUAACCCUAGUACAGUUCACAAGACUUCCACUAACCCUAGUACAGGUCACAAUUCUUCCACUAACCCGAGUACAGUUCACAAGUCUUCCACUAACCCGAGUACAGCUAACAAGACUUUCACUAGCCCGAGAACAGCUUACAAGACUCUCACUCACACUAGUACAGCUAACAAGUCUUCCACUAAGUCUAAUCCAAUGGAUGUCAUUGUGGGAUACAGGCAAGUUGGAUUAUUCCAUUCAGACAUCAGUUUCGGGAAAAAACUGGCAUUAUAUAACUGA